UCUCCAAUUCAACCAGCUCAAACCAAUCAAUUAGAUAAUAACAAUACAUCAUUCUUGAAAUUGUCUCUUACAUCCUCCACCCAUCUACAUUCAUACAUAACCUUCCAGACAGAUAGCUGAACUGGGCAGGGUAGAUGGCUAGAAUGGGGGCAAAAGUGAUUGUUGUGUUUGAUUUUGACAAGACCAUAAUCGAGGUGGACAGCGAUAACUGGGUUGUGGAUCGCCUGGAUUUCACUCCUCUCUUCAACCACCUUCUUCCCACAAUGCCUUGGAAUUCUCUCAUGGACAAAAUGAUGAACGAGUUGCACGCGAAUGGGAAGACGGCUGAAGAUGUCGAGGAAGUGCUCAAACGGGUUCCGGUUCAUCCUCGCAUUGUCCCCACCAUUCAAUCCCUUUCUGCUAUAGGGUGUGAUUUGAGAAUAGUAAGUGAUGCAAACCUGUUCUUCAUCGAGACAAUCUUGAAACACCAUGGGAUAAGGGAGUGCUUCUCUGAGAUAAAAACAAACCCAGGUUAUGUGGACAAAGAAGGAAGGGUGAGGAUCAUCCCUUACCAUGACUUUCACAUUUCUUCUCAUGGCUGCAAUAAUCUUUGUCCUCCUAACAUGUGCAAGGGUAAGAUUAUAGAAGGAGUUCAAGACUCAUUGGCCAGUGAAGGUGAAAAAAGAAUCAUUUAUCUAGGUGAUGGGGUUGGUGAUUUCUGCCCCAGCCUGAAGCUCAAAGAAGGAGACUUUGUGAUGCCUAGGAAAUUCUUUCCAGUCUGGAAAUUGAUAAAUGAAAAUAGGAAGCUCGUGAAAGCAGAGAUCCAUGAAUGGACGGACGGGGAAGAGCUCGAGCUCGUCUUGCUUCGUUUGAUCAACAAGAUCUACAUAGAAGAAGACAACCAAUUGUUACCAGUUGAAACACUUGAGUUGCAGGCAAUUCAUAUCCUGUCACAUGAUACCAUUUCUAAAGCCAUUCCUGUGCCCUUUUAGUGUUGCCAUUGAGUAGCAUGUUAAGAAUGUUGUAAACUACUCCGUAUAUGACAAACGAAGUUUGUUGGUUUCAAAAAAGGUUGAAUGGCUAGUAGUUUGUCCCAAAGUUGAAGAUAUGUUUUAUGUAAUAUUGUACUUUCUAAGUAAUUCCGUCGGUUACUGUUUUCCUCUUAAUUAUGUUCACUUUUAAUUUCUAUUUUUAUAUACUUUUU